AUGUUUGGCCUAGGCGUGAAAACGAUCCGACCUGCAAGAAGCCCUGGACACGUGGCACAUCCUGAACCUUCGGCUGGUUUCAAGAUUUCAUCCGGCCCACACGAUCCCCCCCACUCUCAACUAGAUCUCACAUCCGCUCCCCACAACCACGCUUCUGCUCCCCCCAGCCACGUAUUUGCUCCCGCCAGCCGUGCAGUCCCCCCCGAACGCCCUCCGCGCAGCUCCUCCCGCGGCCCGCGCGACCUCUCCGCGCUCACCAUCAGCUCCCCCCAUCCCAGCAGCUCCGCGCGCACCCCGCGCGACCUCUCUGCGCUCACCGCGCUGCUGGAGCCUCCGCGGGAGAUGCGCCACAGCGUCAGCUUCCGCAGCAGCAGCGCGAGCGGACCGGGCGCAACCCCCAGGGGGAUGAGGAGCGGAAGCUUCCGCGCAAGCACCCUCCGCAGCAACAGCAGCAGCGGGGGCGGAGGCGGUAUGGGCGGCGGGGGUGUAGGGUUAGGGGGAGGAAACACCGGUGGCAGGUCGUUUAGAAAAGCGUUGUCUUCGAGUGCGAAAAUGUUGGACACUGUUUCUGUUGGCGAAGGCGUUGGCGAAACUGGUGCAUAUGGUAACCCUAGGGCUACCAGACCAGCUACUUCGUACAGUAAAUCCCCCACGCGGCGAAGGCUUGCCAGCUCGCAUGCGUCCCGGUCUAGACGAAACCUGCUACCACCAGCAGCACCAACAGCAGGAGGAACAGGAGCAGGCGCAGGGGCAGGAGCGGGAGCAGGAGCAGCAGCAGGAGGAGCAGAUGCAGCUGGUAUAGAAAACGGUAUCGAGAUGGCUGAGAGUGUUUUCCCUGAAGCUGACUUGAUAGUUCUAGACGAUCUAGAAGCUUUGGACGAGGACGGGGAGGAGGAGGGAGAGGAGGGAAAGGAGGGAGGGGACGAGGAAGCAGUGGGUGGUGGGGAGGAGAGGGGGUAUCUAGAGGAAAGGGCGUAUUUAGAGGGGAGCUACGAGGCUCAAGCUGCCGCCGCUGCUGCUGCAGUGGCUGCAGCGUCGGCAGCGCUCGCUGCGAAGUCUCCCCGGUUUACAAAGGCCACUCCUCGUUCAUUCAACUCUCAUCGCUCGUUCAAAUCCUCUCGAACCCUCAAGUCCCCACGAGACCUCCGCUCCCCUAGACUUGCCGGCUUCCCCGCCCGCACUCCAAGGUCAGAAGGAGAGACGAGAAAGGAGCGGGAGGGAAGCAGCAAGGAAAGCAGCAGCAAGAGGGACAGCAAGAGAAGUAGUAAGGAAAGCAGUAAGGAAAGAAGCAAGGGGAGCAGCAGGUCGAGCAAGGACAAGGAAGCGAAAAAGAGCAAGCAUGGGACUAAAGAAGGGAGGGAUGCAGAGGGGGAUGGAAGCAUUGAUGCUAGUAUUGCUUCUGAGAGUGUGGGUGGGUCGAGCAGGCGAGCGGAGGUGGAGAGUCAAGAAGGAACGGAGAGGAGUUGUAGCAUUGGGGAGGACGGAUUUCACCCGGGUUUCUGGGAAACCCUUGCUGCUGGUGGCAGCACUGCUGGUGCUGCUGGCACUGCUGGUGCUGCUGGUGCUGCUGGUGCUGCUGGUGCUGCUGGUGCUGCUGGUGUUUCUUCUGAUGGUGCUGACGAUGGUGCUGUGGAUGAGGAAUCAUCUACACGCAUGCCACCUAAGACUCCUAGAACCCUUCUGGGGGGUUUCGGGGCUUCAGGGUUCACCAGCCGCAGCACGGGCAAUAAAGACUCGCUCUCCCGACCGAGUACCUCGUCCCGACCCUCCACCUCCCUCUCCUCGCGCCCUGGCACGUCGUCUCGCAAGUCAGGAGCGUCAAACAUGAAUUUUGUUGAGAGCGAGUUUGACGCGAUUGUGCACGAGUUUUCCCGGUCGAAAUCGACUGGUUCCAAAGGGGUUUUGGCGGGGAGACGAGGGGGGGAUGGGAGGAAGGAGGGGGGAGGGGUGGUGGGGGAGGAGGGGGGAGGGGAGAGGGGAGAGGAGGGUGAAAGAGAGGGUGAGGAAGAGGAGGAAGAGGAGGCGUAUGGGAAGGAGCCGGUGCUGAGAGGUGAAGGAAAGGAGGGGAAGGGGGAGGGGAAAGGGGAGGGGAAAGGGGAGAGGAAAGUGUCAGCAGAAGGGGCAGCUGGGCGUGCAGCAACAGCAAUGGCUGCAGCGAAUUUUGAGGCGCCUCAAAAGAAAGCAUCAGCAGGAGGGGCGGCUGGGCGUGCAGCAACAGCAAUGGCAGCUGCGUUUCGCGAGACCUCUCAAAGGGCUGUAGCAACAGCUUCAUUCGUGCCGCCCCCCUCGCCCCGUGUGCUUCGAUCAAAGGUUGAGAAGCUGUGGAAAAGCUCGGGAAAAAGGGCACACGGGAAAGGAGGAGGAGCAGGUGGUAGCGACUCUUCAGAUGUCCUUGUGAUUUCUCAUGAAGGGGAGGAAGAGACGGACCCAGUGGAAAUGCUAAGGCGGGUGGAGGAGGAGCAAAAGAAGAGAGGAACUGCGGGCGCGCAGGGAUGGGGUGCAAUUGGGCAUUUAAAUGCGGAUGAUAGGAGGAUGUUUUGGAGGCCUUCUUUGCCGCGGUUGGAGGAAGGUGACAUGGACGAGGAGAUGGUGUCGGAGUCUGAAAAGACACCCAAAGACCGUAGGUCAAAAUCGUCUUUAGUAUAA